AGAAAAAGGGUGAUUUUGAAAAAUGGAAUCUGAGUUGUUCUCGUUAUUUCCACCGUUUUGAUUAUCAAGUGUCAUUUAGUCUCCUGUCUCUACGCUCCCUGUUACUGUAAUCUGUUCUUGUUCUUUCAAAAAAUUUCUCAUUGUCCUCUACGUUUCUUCGCUCUCGAUCUGCCCCCACUUUCCCGCAAUCAAUCACACUUGCUUUUCAACUUUCCGACUUACGAUUGAGUUCCAGAUCUCUUUGUGCUCUUCAUCAACUUCGAAGUUCAUCAGGAUUUCCUGCAGAUUCUUCGAUCGUGCUUGUGUUCGUAUGGAAAAUCCGGAAUUGAAGAAUCUGAAACCAUUUUGGCCUGAGGCUGACAUUCAGAACAGAUCUAAAUGGCUAUCAGUUAGUCUUGAAGAAAUGAAUCGGAGUGUCGAGCAGAUGCUGAAGACGAUCAAAGAUAAUUGUGACAACUUCCCGAAAAGCGCUGAUAUGGAUUCACAAGUCGAGGAGUUCUCCCGCUUGUAUCAAUCGUUGCUUGAAAAUCUGUUGUCGCCGGAGCUACAACCGCAGGUGCCUUUCUAUUCUGAUUGUGGAUCGCCUCAAUGUACUCCGGAAUUAAGUUCGGACCAAAAACAGGGUUUCAAUUUGUCCUGCAAUAGAGGCUUGGACAUCUCUUUAGAUUCCGGUGGUGGUAGCUCCAGUCUUUCUCUGAAGGAUGGAACUGGAUCUUCUUCUUCUUCAUCGGACUCCGAGUCAGAAUCUUUCAGCUCAUCUGUUGACAAUAACUAUGUGGUUUCACGGGCUGAAAGAGAUGGCCAAGGGCCAAAGAAAAAAUUUCUUGGUCUAGAAACUGAGCUUUCAAACAUUGAAGGGGCCUUUUGGGUGGGUGAGGAAGAUAAGUUAAAUUAUCAUGAGUUGCACGAAAAAAUCGCCAGGAUUGAGGAAGAACUAAAGGUUUCAAAUGCAAAGCUUCAGUCAUCUGAAAAUGAGGUUGCUAGAUUAAAGAGUGAGCUUGAAAAGAAUGAAACAGCAAUGUCGCUAUCAGAAGGACUGCAGGCCCAGCUUGAGUCGGCUGAAAAAGACAAGCAAGAAAUGGGGGCUGACCUUCAAGUGUUAAAAAGACGAGUUGUAGAAUUGGAACAACAAAUAGAACAAUUGGAAACUCGGGUUUUGCAAUCUGAUUCCAAAAUUGAGAUAUUGAUUGAAGAGUUGGAAAUGAGCAGAGAAAUACUCAAAAGCUCAGAUGACAAGAUCGCAAGGCUCACGCAUGAACUCGAGAUUACAAAAUCUGACCACCGUUUACAGAUCAAGGAAUUAGAAUCAGCUUUUCAAGUGUCACAGGAGCUAUUUAAUGCUGAGAAAGAACAGGUGCAGGCUGAUGUUCUCAGACAAGUUGAAGCUGAUAAAACUGAAAUGCGAGCUCUCCACAACUCUCAUUUGACAAGUUUGCAAGGAGAAAUUAGUCAGUUGAAGGAGGAACUUCUUGUAAAAAGCCAAAGUUUGUCAGCUUUGAAUAGCAACCACGACGAACUAAAAUUAAAAUAUGAUAUGCUAAUGGCUGAGAAAGAUGAGGCGACUGCCAUGGUUCACACACUUGUAGCAGAUAAAGAAUACAGAGAAUCUCAUGUCCAUGAAUUGGAGAGCCACCUGCAACAUCUACAAGAAGAGAAGGAGGGCUUGAUUGCAGGAUCUGAAAGCCAGAACAAACAAAUCGAUGAUUUGAAAUUGGGGCUCUCAGAGAUGCAGGAAGAAGUGAAUAGGCAAAUGAAUAUGAUAGAGGAUGGGGCCGAGAGGAAAAGGGAGGCCAUAAGGCAGCUCUGUUUCUCUUUGGAGCACUACAGGAGUGGCUAUAAAGAGCUUCGUGAAGCAUUCAUUGGGCACAAACCACGCCAGGUACUCUCAUAGGUCUGUUGCCAGUAUAAUCUUUAAACUUAUUACCAUGUCAGUUUUUUCUAUUGUGCACUUUUAUGAGUUUAUGAGCAAUAUUAUUCAGUUGAUUUUUGAACAUGGUUUAAGAAUUGAAUAUUAUGGUAAAAUAUUUAGCCCAGUUGUAAGGAUGAUGAAUA